AUGUUAUUACCCCAGUUGACUAAACCUGAUAUUGGAAACGAUAUGAUAGAGAUUUUGAUUGAACUCAUCAAGAAUUUCGGUCCUGAGUUUAAGUUUGAAGAAUCCUUGAAGUUAUCCAACUACUUGAUAAACCUUUCGUUUGCCCAGGUAUCUAAUUCUAUUGGGAAAAAGGCCAUUUUUGCAUUGGACUUGUUGUUGUCCAAUAAGUUUGAUAUAGAUACCGAGAUUUUCGACUCACUAUUGACUUGCAUUAACUUGGACUACGAUAAAUCCAACAAGUCGUUCAAGUACACUUACAAUAAGUUGGAAUUGACCCUAACAUUAGUUAAGAACUUGGACAAUUUGAACAUUCCAUUGACAACUUCAAUAGUUGAAGAGCUCUUCAACCAAGUACAAUACCACCUAAAUUUCGAACCGGAAGACCUCGAUUACGAUCAAAUCCAAGAGGAUAACUUAAUCAAAGAAGUGUCUUUGGAUAUCUUGAUCAACAUUGUCAACUACAAUUUAAGUGUAACCUAUGUUAUCGAGAAGUUCAUCGAUUACAACCCAAUGAAGUCGGAAGACGACUCUGACUUUGAUGUAGAAAACGAGGAAGACGAGGUGGAGUUUAGUGAUGAUGACGAACUUGAGAACCAGCAAGAAGACUUUGAUGAUGGGUCCUGGAAAUUGAGACUCAAGUCUAUUGUGUUGAUUUCCAAGUUGAAGGACACCAACUACUUGCCUAAGUUGAUCGAGAAGAUUGGUGACAAAAACGAGUUUAUAUUCAAAUACUCUGUUUCAACAAUCAACUCUUUGCUUAUUUCCGGCUCCGUGGACUUGAUCCCCUCUAUCGAAAGCCAAAUUAUUGCCAACAUAAGCAAUGAGAACUUGUUGACAUUUUUAUCUUUGAUUGAAACCAUCUUGUCGAGAGAUUUGACGUUGUCCGACGAUUUUGUCCAAAACUUCUUGAAUUACUUGGAGAAUAACAUUAAGAAUUUUGAGUUGAUCGAGGUUUUGGGAUCGUUGAAUUUGAUCAUUAGCAAUAUGUCGUUUCACUUGUUGAACAGCAUCAGUGAGAAAUUAGUGCCAACAUUGUGUGGUCUAUUAGCUAAGAACUCCAACCUUGUUUUCAUGGACUUGAAAAUCUUAAAUCAACUUCUUGCUAGAUUAGACUCCGAGAGAAAUGAGACUAUCUUCAGAUCUAUCAUUGAAAAGUUGAGUGAUUCAAAGUUGUUGAUUGACUUGAAAAUUGAGUUAUUGAACUCACUCAAUGUCUAUAUCCUCAACAACCAAAUUGAUAGCGAAGAAAAGAUCCAAUUGAUCGUUGCGAUCUAUGAACAAAAUUUAAAUUCGGAGUUGAUGAUCAAGUCCAACUUAAGUAAUCUUAACCAAAUAUUUGACAAGAGCUUGAAUCCGAAUGUUGCCAAAUUUUCCAGCAAUAAAUCCUUUGAAACCAUCCUUAUUAAUACGUUAAAAUUGUACUUAAACUCCAACCCAAACAGCAAGUCGGUUUAUUACUCGAUUUUACAUUUGUUCAAAAAGCUUGACUACUCGCUCAAUACUGAUGAAUUAUUAGACUUUGGGAUAUCUCACAGUAACGAUGUCAAAAUCGUUAACUUGAUAUUUGACAACUUAAGCAGUAUUACCUUCAGUCAGGAGGAAUUGGAGCACUCGGUAAAGUUUAUCAACUCAAUUGAAGACCUUGAAGACCCUGAGCUUGUUCUUCUUGAUGGGUUUGUAGCCAAUGUUUGCAGCCAAGGAAAUUUCUAUAACCAGUUUGAAGCGUCCUUGGAUUUGAACAAACUCAUCAGUAUCAAGGCUAUGGCUUUGAUUACCAUUAAAUUGGGGUUAACUGAAAAGAUCCAAAACCUGCAAACGAAAAUGAACGAAAUGAUCAUCAAUAAGGCUUUCAACAAGGAUUUCAAUCAAAUUUUACAAUACUUGAGUUUUAUAAACUUGAAUUAUGAUUUGGAACAUAUAAACUUAAAACAGUUGAUUAGCUUGUUGAAUUUUGAGGAUAUUGAUGGGGCUACCAAGUUUGAAAUCAGUAAGUGCUUAGGCUACUUGACAAAAACAACACCACAUCUAUUAAUUGAGAAAUUCAAUAACAAUGACGACUUGAUCAAGGUUCAGCUCUUGAACUCAAUUAAGUAUUACUUAAAGAACUUUAGUAAUCAAGAAUUUGAAGCUCAGAUUUGGAAACUCUUGUUAGAUGAAGUGAAUGUUCCCAGCAUAAAGAAGGAGUUCAAACUCAUUGGAGAGAUUCUUUCAAUAAUUGCUAUCAAGAACGAAGAGUUUGGAGAAGUCUUGAAUAUCUUGAAGUUGGAGAAUCAGUCUAUUGGUCUUAUCUUUGCUAAUUUGAUCAUAGUCAAUCAUUUGAUUGUUAACUUGAACGGCCAUGCUGAGCUUAUUAACGAAUUUAUCCUACUCAGCUUGAAGUUCUUUGACAUAACCAAUAUCGAGUUGAAGAUCAUCCUUGUGAAGAACCUCAUCAAUGUGUACUACAACUAUCUGGUUCUACUAAACGAAAAUAUUUCGUUAAUCUUGCCUAAAUUAUUUGAUGAGUUAAAAGCGUACGAUGAGUUCAAAAAAAUCAUUCCAAUGGGUCCUUACAAGUAUGUAAUUGACCAAGGAUUGGAAAUUCGGAAAUUGAUCUUUGAGUUGUUGUAUUCAAUUAUUGGUGACGCUAGUAUUUCCAAAGACUUGGAUUACUUGACUAAUGAAAUUGUUGCAAAGGGAUUGACUGACAAGGAGUUUGAUGUUGUAAACUUGAGCUACACCAGUUUAUUGAAAUUGAUACACUUGAACAUCGAGUACUUAAACAACUUUAGUAAUGUGGAUGGAUUGAUUAACAACUUGACGGUUAAUUUGAAUAAGAAGUUGAAAACCAAGGCCACUAGUCAGGAAAUCGAGAUUUUCCAGGAGAGUCAGAAGAAUUUGGUUAACUUGCUGAAUAAGAUUAACGAUGUUUUGCUGAAAUACAACUGGAGUUAUAACAAUUGGGAUGUUUACUAUAAUGCUGUGAAGAAGUUGGGAGACUUUUAGGAGGCAGCAACUAUAGUAGGAUAUCACCGAAUUGUAUUCUUACACUGAGUAUCACAAGAUAGAUUUGUUUGGUACACAUUAUAUACUACUUUCACAAUAAUAUUAUCAAUUACUUCUUUCCUAAAUCACCUUCGGUCUUUCCAAGCUCACCUUCAGUUUUAGCAACCUUACCUUCAGUUUUAGCAACCUUACCUUCAGUUUUAGCAAGUUCACCUUCAGUUUUACCAACCUUACCUUCAGUUUUACCAAGUUCACCUUCGGUUUUACCAAGUUCACCUUCAGUUUUACCAAGUUCACCUUCAGUUUUUCCAAGUUCACCUUCAGUUUUUCCAAGUUCACCUUCAGUUUUACCUACCUUACCUUCAGUCUUUCCAAGUUCACCCUCAGUUUUACCUACCUUACCUUCGGUCUUUCCCUCAGUCUUGCCUACCUCAGUCUUUGCAAAUCCUUCAGUCUUUCCGAUAUCACUAGCAUCGCCCUUCUUGCCGCUUUGCUUCUUACCAAUUGAUCCUAAUUCUCCAAAGUCUCCCAUGUCGAUGAGUUGCUAAAUUUCGCGAAACCCUAUGACUUUGAUUGUGGUGGACUUCGAUGAGACCAUCACCGAACAUGACACAAUUCUGUUGAUCAGCCAAAUUCCAUAUACAACAGACCCCACCAAAACUCCACCGUUCGAGUACUUCACAAAUGUGUACUUGCAAGCCCUAGAAAAAUACCGUUCAGUUGCCAACAUACCUAAAAGUAUGGCAGAGGAAAUCGAGUACCAGAAAGGUAUGAAGUCGGUGGAAAUGUCGUCUAUCAACGAAUUAGAACGUCACCAACUCUUUAAUGGAAUCACCAAACAAAGCCUAGCCGAGCAGGCGGUGAAAGUGAAAGUAAAGCCCGGAUUUUCCAAGUUUUUGUCCAUAUGCUCAUCUCGUCAAAUCCCUGUGAAAAUUCUUAGUGUCAAUUGGAGCUCGGUACUAAUUAGAGGGGUUUUGGCUGGGUUAGGAUACGAGUUGGACGUGAUGGUGAAUGAGCUCCAGUUCGACGGCCACAGCGUUUGUACGGGUCAUUUCGACCCAACUAUCAGUGUGCGGACCGGCUACGACAAGUACAUGGCCAUUGAACAAUUAAAACGCCAGUACCACAACCAGAAGCUCAUUUACAUUGGUGACAGUCGCACGGACUUGCUUGCCCUUUUAGCAAGUGAUAUGGGUGUGAUUAUGGAAUCUGGAAGUCUAAUUCAAAAGCUUCCGUGGGACAUUGAUGUGCGGCAAUUAAGUGGCGGGAGUGACAUACACGGACUCUACACAUCAAAUUGGUACCAUAUAAACGAAUUUUUGGAAUUAAAUACUAUAUAAUACAAAUCAAUGCAUCUUUUACAAUAGACUGAGACAAAUUUUCUUCAAAUGCUGCUAAUUUACAAUGCUAAUGGAAUAAAGGCUGAUGCGUAGGUUAUUGUCUCCAGUAAGAGUAGUUGGGGACCUGAGAAUAGAAUUGGGGCGGCGGAGGUCCCAUGGGUAACGGGUAGUUGCCUCUGGGGGGAUGGCCCUGGGGUGGCUGAGGAAGUUGCUGGGGCCCUGGGGUGGACUGAAAUCCCUGUGUUUGGGGGUACGGCACCUGCUGGUGG